UGUUUUCUAAACUCAGAAAGGUUAAUUAGUAGACUGAACCAUACCCCACCCAUACUGUGGGGUAUGGGUGGGGAGAAUUUAUGGUAUGUCUAAGAUAUGAAAAAAAAAAAAAAAAAACUUGUUUGAAGUACUGCUAAAAAAACAAAAAGAAACAACAAGAAAACAAACUCCUAAGUCAACUAUGUUCCGCGUACCAUUUAAAAAGGAUAAGAAUCACAUCACUGUAUUUAUUUUGAACUGUUGAAGAGACAAUCACCCUAAUAUACUCUACAGCAGCAUUUCAUCUCAGUUUUACAUCUUCAUGAGCAGUUUGCAAAAAUGAGGUUUCUAAUCUUAUUUUGUCUUUUGUAUUUAACAGGUGAAAGAAUCAAAGGACAAACAUCAGAUACCACAACAUCCAGCACUGACCCAUGCUAUGAAUAUACAGUUCUGGAUAACUCAUGGAGAGACGUGCGUUAUGAGCCAAACGGUGACCAUGAUGACAGUCUUGUUGAAUGGAAUGGCUGGUAUCGGCUGUAUUUGAAUGGAGAAAGUGCUCAUAUGUCUGAGUGGUGUGUGAGCCACACAAACUGUGGCGGUGCUGCUGCACUGUAUCUCAAUGGUUCUCAUCCACAAGUCGAGGAUGGGGUGGUGACCCUUGAAGUGCUGGGAUAUCAUCCAAGGGGCGAGUGUGACGACUAUAGAUCCACCCCCAUACAAAUCAAAGCCUGUCCAGGAGAUUAUUAUGUCUAUAAACUUGUCAAACCUGAUGAGUCAGUCAGAGGGCCUUCAUACUGUGCAGUUGCUUUCAACAGCCUCAGCAAUGAUCCUUGUUACAGCUAUCAGUCUCUGGAUCAUCCCUGGAGAGCCACGAAUGAAAGUGGAACAUUGAUUUGUGAUGAGUUUUUCUCCAUGAGCGGCUGGCACAGACUUUUCUACAAUGGAAUGGACAUCCGAAUGCCAGAGAGCUGUGUUGGUUUGUACAGCUGUAAUGGAUACUACAGUCUGUGGCUCAAUGGUCCUCAUCCUCAGAUAGAAGAUGGAGUGGUGACCAUAGAGGUCUGUGGGUCUUAUGAUGCAGGCUGCUGUGAAUUUGUUGGUGUACCCAUCAGGGUCAAAGCCUGCCCAGGCAAUUACUACGUGUAUGAAUUUGCAGAACAAUCCUGGUGUACAACGUACUGUAUAGAUGUCAGCACUAUAUCACCGACAGCUUCCUUUACAACUUCAGCUGUGACCGCAUUCAACAUGACUUUGCAUGACGACCCAUGCAAUAACUACAGCAUUUUUGACGACCAAAAUAGAAGCCCAGAUUAUUACUUUUUUCAUCAUAAUCUGAUAAAUGGAUAUGAUGACACUCGUGAAUGGCAUGGCUGGUAUCGACUCUUUAUUAAUGGAUCGAGUGCUCAGAUGCCUGAGUUGUGCUUCAGUUAUAUGUCAUGUGGACGUUUUAGUUCUCUGUGGCUUGGUGGCCCUCAUCCUGAGAUAGAAGAUGGAGUGGUUACUCGUGAAGUCUACGGCUCUAAUUAUCAACGGUGCAGUUACUACAGAUCUGACCCAAUCCAAGUCAAAGCUUGUCCUGGAAAUUACUAUGUCUACAAACUUAUAAUGCCAGAUCGAUUCAUCCCAGCCCCUGCAUAUUGUGCAGUUGUUCUCCCCAGUCCACCAAGUUUUGACCCCUGCUACAGUUAUAACAGUCUGGAUGAGCCAUGGAGAGCAAAUACUAUUCCUGUGAUUGGUGAUUGGACUAAUUUAAGAUGCGAUUAUGACGUCGACUGGAACGGCUGGUACAGGCUCUUCUACAAUGGUCAGAGUGUCCAGAUGCCAGAGUCAUGUGUUAGUAGAGACAUGUGUGGCACUUUUCACCCACUUUGGCUCAACGGCCCUCACCCACAGCUGGAGGAUGGAGUGGUCACACGACAAGUCUGUGGUUUCGGAUGGAAUGACUGCUGUGGUUACAUAUCUCGUCCCAUACGAGUCAAAGCUUGCCCAGGAAACUAUUAUGUGUAUGAGUUUGUCAGGCCGCUAUUGUGUGCAGCUUACUGUGCAGGUAGACACAUUGUGCUGUGUGAAGGGAACCCAUGUCUUGAGCUCAACUGCACUGAGAAUGAACAGUGUGAAGAGAAACAUGGUGUUUACGGCUGUACCUGCAAGGAAAACCAUCACAGAUCUCAGCAUGACGCCUUUGAUUUGAUUGAAACCUGUGAAAGCAGCUAUGGUUCCAUGUCUCUGUCUCGCUGUCAGCUUUUUGAGGCUGGUUUUCCUUCUGACAUCUUACACCUCAAUGACCCCAACUGCAGAGGAACAAUCCGGAAUGGCAGAGUGGAGUUCUUUUUUGACAACAAUGACCACAUCUGUGGCACAAGUCUUGUGGCCAAUGGCACCCACUUCAUCUAUAAGAACGUUAUUGUGGGGGAGCCAAACUCAGCUGGACAUCUCAUCAACAGGGAAAGUAUUCUGAAGCUUUCUUUCAGCUGUGUUUACUCACAAAGCCAAACACUCUCCAUGAACAUCAACCCUCUGGAGAGCACUGUGCACGUGAACCUUGCUGCUGGUCAAGGGACAUAUCAGGUCAGGAUGAUUCCAUAUCAGGAUGUUGAAUUCUCCCACCCCUUCGCUGGUAGUGUGAACGUAGAGCUGAAUGAACAGAUUUUUGUGGAAGUUCGUGUUGAUGGAGUUGACAGCCAUCAGUUUGCCUCAGUGAUUGACACAUGUUGGGCUACACCUGUGAAUGAUCCUUAUUACCCUCUUCGUUGGGACCUCAUUACUGACAUGUGUCCCAAUUCAAAUGACAAAGUGGAGCUUCUGCAGAAUGGUGUUUCCACAUCCAGCCGUUUCUCCUUCAGCAUGUUUAUCUUCAUUUCAAACUCCACAAAGAUUUACCUGCACUGCGCUAUUCACCUUUGCUUUCUGACAGACAAUGACUGCUCAGUGCACUGUGACUCUGAACACCUCCACAGAGAGGUCAGAUCUGUGGAUUUAUGUGACAGUACUUCCAUAUCUGUGGGUCCUUUGAUGCUGUCUGAUGGUAACAAAGGUGUGCAGGUCUCAAACCAAGUGCGGGCGUCCAGGGCUCCAAAUCUGUGUGCUUCUCUUAUGAUAUUACUCAUUUCUAUAAGUGUUCUGACAUUCUUCUAG